AAACUGCAUCCGUAGCCACUUAGUUCCGCCAACCCUGGAUGUGCAUCCGGCCUUCCCCUGCCCUAUGAAGUUGUAGUGGCCGGGUGGGAGAGAUCCCGCCGAGUGUGCGUUGUCCUCGCAACGGACCUGAUCCUAACGCGAUCUCUAAAGGCCAGGACUCCAGCGACCCUACUCACCUGCGUCAUGGCAGUCCCAGGUUGCAACAAGGACAAUGUCCGAGCAGGCUGCAGAAAAUGUGGCUACCCUGGUCAUCUGACUUUCGAGUGCCGCAAUUUUCUCCGGGUAGACCCCAAAAGGGACAUUGUGUUGGACGUCAGCAGCACAAGUAGCGAGGACAGUGACGAAGAAAACGAGGAGCUGAACAAGCUGCAGGCUCUGCAGGAGAAAAGAAUAAAUGAAGAAGAGGAGAAGAAAAAGGAAAAAAGCAGGGAGAAAAUUAAAUUGAAAAAAAAAAGGAAAAGGUCUUACUCCAGCACCACUGAAGAAGACUCCACAAAACAAAAGAAACAGAAGUAUCAGAAAAAAGAAAAGAAAAAAGAAAAAAAGAACAAAUCAAAAAAAGGAAAACAUCACAAAAAGGAAAAAAAGAAGAGAAAAAAGGAAAAGCGUUCAUCCCCUAACCGUUCUGAAUUCACCAAAAAGUAACAGAGUCUUGGGCCUAACUCAGGAAAUUGAAGAAUUCAGUCGUUUUAACUAUUGAACCUUCCUUAGAAUUGCUAUGUAAUUACGCUUCACAGAAAACCCCAGCCUCUUCUAUAAGGACAUUUUUCACCUAUUGGGGCCCUUAUCUCUCUGCCCGUCUGUAUUAAACCCAUCUCCUUACUUGACAGCUGUGCCUCAAGUAUAGAUUGUGUACAUACAAAGCACAUCAUUUUGGCUAUUUGUGUUUUGGUGUCUUAGGCCGGGUACUGUCUCUUGGUAAGUUAAUUAGCACGUGGUUUUCCUGCAAUCAAAGGAAUAAUCUACAUAGCAGCUCCUGAGUCAUGUCCGCCUUCCAGUGGCAAAGCUGCUUAGGCGGUAGUGAUUUGCUCUUGAUACUGAAUAGCUUUAUGUACUCUGUAAUGUAUAAAGAUAGCGAAGGUCUUCACCGUUGUUUUUAAAUCUCUAGACUUUUUAAAUAACAUCAUUGAGGAUAAAACCACUUUACUGAUCUUAAGUAGUAAGUUUUUAAAUGAAUGGGAUCUACAGGAAGAUAAUAAUGAAAGUAUUUAUAACAGUGUCAUUGUUUUAUGAAAUGCAUGUUUCUGGCACUUGCCUUCCAUGUUUUUAUAACAAUUAAAACAUCCCUUUUAAAAAACAAUCAUUUAGCUUACUAGAAAAUCUGGCAGGGAGAUUCUGUGCUGGUCAAGAUUAUUAGGGUAGAUCCUAGGUUGAUUUACAAAUGUGCCAUAUUGGCAUGUUUUAGGUGAUACCUCAGACACAGAGAUUUUUGUGUGAUAACAGCAAAAUCCUCAUUAAAACUGACUUUUAUUAUAUCUAGUGUAUAUGAUGCUUGCAUAUAUAUGAGUAUUAUGGCAGUUUUUAUGAAUGUUUGCAUAUAUAUUUAUUUCUUCUGAAAUGGUUUUAGAGUGGGUUUCACACUGAACUUCUGGCAUCAUGAAUAAUCAAUGUUGAUAUUUCCUCUUUCACUUCACUCACAGAUCUUCGUAGCACUGUGAAAAUUUUUAAAUGAAGAUUUUCAUUCUGUACUUUUUAAAAUUGAAGACUUGGAUGUAGCAUCAUGAAAGCCUUUGUAUAAUAAUGAAAUUUGUAUAUAAAUAAGCCUUUUCAAUGAUAUGUUAGUAGAUGUAAGUGUUUCUUACGUUUUUAACUUCAUGGUUAUCAGUGUAGAGUAGUUUAACAUCUAGUAUUCCCUAAUACCAACAAGUUAACUUACUAUGCCAUAAAAGCGUUGGACACCGACUGUUAUCAUAGAACAGCCCCAGAGUUUCUGAGCACCUUGCUGUGGCGCACUUAACACUUAUCUUCAGAUCGGUAAGGACACAUGUGGCUGCGGGCAAAUUUAUGGCCAUAAAAUCAGAUACGUACACUCGGCCUUGCAGGGCUUUACCAGUUUUUCCCUUACCCAGCACCCAAACUGACAUUCCCUGAUUGACUCAGGGAUAGUCCUAGGAAGUCCCUUAAUGUAACCUCAUCUCUGCUCAGGUUGCACCCAAGCUACCCCCCAACACCCUUCCCUACACUGCUCCCAUGAAAUAUCUUCAGCUCUUCCACUAACUGGCUACUCUCCUGGCCCAUGAAAAAAUAAUUUUAGUUACAGUUUUGUCAGUUGUUUGAACUAAAGCACAGAACUUUGAGAUUUUUAAGGAUUUGUUUUGUCUAUUGCUAAGUUUGUGAAAGUUCAGUUAUCUGAAUUAAUAAAAGGUUAUCUGGAUUAAUAAAAAUAAAUGUCAUUUUAAAAAUACGUUUUUAAAAAUAGCGGGGAGCCGGAAAGUUACUCCACAGUUAAAUGUUCCUGCUGCUCUUAGGAGGACCUUAGUUCAGUUCCCAGCAUCCUCACUGGGAGGUUCAUAAGCACCUACGACUCUGUUACUCCAGCUCCGAGGGACCCGAUGCCUUCAUCUGACCUAUGUUGAUACCCAUGGAGAUGCUCUCAAAGAUACACACAUGCGUGUAAAGACAUAGCAAAUGCUACAUAAAUGGCCUCAUCCCGUUGCAUGUGUAACAUUAUUAGCAAUGACAGAUGUAAACAAAUAGUUUAUCAUAUUUAUAAAUUUUACUUCUAUUAAUUGUAAGAAGAUAUAAAUUGACAUAUAAGGGUCACUUUUCCCUCCAGCCAUGACAGAGCCAGUGAUCCAGAAGUGUCAUACAGUCAGCUUCUCACUCGGCAAUCUGCUACCGACAAUAAAAGAUGCUAAUGGACUAGUCAUUUCCCCCAGAAAUAAUCUUAACAUUAUUAAUAAAUUUCCCUAUACCUUAUGA